AUGAACCCGCCUUCGCCCCUUGCGGCCAACGGUCCCAUCCUCAGCCUCGCCAACCGAGAGAACCCUGUUGUGCCGCCCAGCACACCCCGAGUGGAAACGCCUGGUCGGCAAAGUACCCUAGAAGAUAGGAUGGAAGCCCUGCAGAGGGAAAUGACCAGGAUGCAGGAGCACAACAAUAUCCUCUCCUCCAAACUGGACGACACCCAGAAACAGCUUCACGAGCAACAAUCACAUUUGGCCCAACUGCAGGACGGUUUGGAACAAACCACGCAACUUUGGCGAGAACGAUCACUGAAGAGCAUACCAAGGCCUAGCUCAGGGCGAACCGUCCGCCUCCCGAAAACUACAUCACCGAUUCCCGUCCAAGCAAAACUCAACGAUUGGCAUCUGGACAUACUCGGACCAAAAUCUCCCCUUCGACGGAGGUAUGAUGUGGUCAGCCUAGAGGAGACAGACAAAUCCGACUACAUUCCAACCUCCCUACACGACACUCUCACGCUAGUCGACAACAUCUGGAUCGGCCAGAAGGAACGAUUAGCGGCAAGAACGUCCGACGGCGGGCUACGAGGCACAAGGACUCGAUCUCAUCGGCCCCUUGCCGCAAGGCACGGGUCAGCUUAA